UUCGGUGAAACGUGCCGUCUGAGGUCACAAUUUAUUAGCAAAGGCAAAAAGUUGUAAAGUGAUUCAGUUUCUCAUGCGGCUUUAGAAUGACAUUACCCAGGUGGUUUUGUGAAACAAAAAAGAAACAUUACUUCUUCUACUUAACAUUUACAGCUCAGAGGUUCAUGCUGGUGAUCAGUUGCUCUCAACGGUCCCACAAAUCCAACCUGUCCUGUUUUACCGGAUUGGAAAGAUUGUGCUUCUGUUAUUUCCUUACUUAACACGACUGCGAGUUGCUGCCGUACUUGUUGAUAGCAGAAAAUGCAGCCGCUAAAAUGUUUUUGGUGUAUGUUUACAGUCAUUACUAGGAAGAAAGUCUGGGGCAUAUUAAUUUUUAGCUGUAAAAAUCAUGUUGAAAACUACAUCAUUGUUUAUAUAAGGAUAAAGUAAAUGUUAUUAUAUGGGAAGUAACUUUAUUUGAAUAUAUAUCUCAGGACAACUCAAACCUCUACAUGGUGAUGGAAUAUGUGCCCGGUGGAGAAAUGUUCUCACACCUCAGACGCACAGGAAGGUUCAGUGAACAUCAUGCAAGAUUUUAUGCAGCUCAGAUUGUGCUCACUUUUGAGUACCUUCACUCCUUAGACCUCAUCUACAGAGACCUAAAGCCUGAAAACCUGCUCAUAGAUCAACAUGGAUACAUCCAGGUCACAGACUUUGGCUUUGCCAAACGGGUAAAAGGCAGAACUUGGACAUUGUGUGGAACUCCUGAGUACCUGGCUCCAGAGAUCAUCCUCAGCAAGGGCUACAACAAAGCUGUUGACUGGUGGGCACUGGGAGUUCUUAUCUAUGAGAUGGCUGCUGGCUACCCUCCGUUUUUUGCUGACCAGCCAAUACAGAUCUAUGAAAAGAUUGUGUCUGGCAAGGUACGAUUUCCCUCUCACUUUAGCUCCGACCUGAAGGACCUGCUGAGGAACCUGCUCCAGGUAGAUCUUACGAAGAGAUUUGGCAACCUGAAGAACGGCGUAAAUGACAUAAAAAACCAUAAGUGGUUCUCCACAACAGAUUGGAUAGCCAUCUAUGAGCGGAAGGUUGAAGCUCCCUUCUUGCCGAAGUGCAGAGGACCUGGAGACACGAGCAACUUCGACGACUACGAAGAGGAGGACAUUCGCGUCUCACAAACAGAAAAGUGUGCAAAAGAGUUUGCUGACUUUUAGCCAGGACCCCGUCAGGUUUCCACGGCUUUGGGAUAUUUGCACUCUGAUGAGAGGUAUAAGGUGGAACCGAGGCCAUCCUGUGCUCCUAACAAUCGCCUCGUUCCUUCAUUCCACACGGCUGAAAUGAGGUCGUUUUUUUGCCAUGCCCCCUGGUGCUGCUGGCACCGAUCUACACACAGGCAAAUUAUGCAGACACCUUCACGUGCUGCAAUAAAGUACUAGACCACAUUCUCAUUGUUUUUGUUUUAACUUUUAGUUUCGACUCUCUUUCUCCUUGUUUAAAUUUGAAUGUGAAAAGCAACAUGCAAAAUGAAUUAGUCCUUUUUCGAUGAGGUACGGGAAGUGGUAGUAUUACCUGUUAUUGCACAUGGUGUUGAAGAGUUGUUUUUUUUUUAUUUUUUUUUUUAUCUAUUUUUUUAUUUUUAUCUGUUGUCUGUUACAAACCCCAGCGUGUUUUUAAGGAAGGGGCCUGGUUGAGUUUCGAUUAAUUUAAACAGCAUUUUUAUUAUUCUGGUGUCCUCAAGACCUGGAAGCGUGUGUUUCCAUCUAGACCUUGGAAGGUGAGACGUCCUUUUCCUUUUUUUUUUUUUAAGCAUGACCAAAUUGUUAACAAAAAAUGGAAAAGCAGAUGCAUUCUCUCGCUUUCAGUUCUUGAGGAAAGGAAUUACUAAUUACAAGCGGUAUCAGGAAGCAGAAACAUGUAAGCGCUGUGUCAGCUAAACAGUUGUAGCAUGAUUUAUCCAUAUCCGAUCACAGGACAUUUCCUUUUUACCUCAGUCUUUUGAUGGAAAGAAAUUCUAUAUUUUCUAGAUACAAGUGUAUUUCACAAGAAGUGAAUCUGAAGAUGUUUGAGUUUUGUCUCUGCACACAGUUCGUAUGUCUGUGGUACAUUUAAAAGUCUGUCCAGAAAUGCACUAGCAUGGCAUUUUCCAAUCGCUGAAAGGUCAGUUUGUUACAUUAUCUGAAGGAUACGAAGCAGUGGUGCUCACAUGGGGUGACCUUUGUCCCCUUCGGGUUCUGUUUUGAGUUUAACUGCUGUGUCUGAGCAGAGCACUGAGCCUAGAUUGUGAUGUUUCCUUUUCUUUAUUUUUAUUUUUUAUCUUUAUUUUGCAUGUGUAUGGUUGUGCAGCAGUGUUACUGGAAGCUAAUAGUAGUAUCCCCACUUUUUUUUUUUUCUUUUGUAGCCUUGGAAUUGUGUCACAGCAUGAAGCGUGAAAGCAGGUGAUAUUUUGGUCUAUGUAACACAAAUGCCAUAAACAGUGCUGCAUAAUCACGUAGCAGCAAUAACAGAACACAGAACUAUCAUGAAGUAUUGAUUUAUCACAGCUAGACUGGUCCAUCUUCGGCCUGCAGUUAUAACUUGUAGUCUUUACACUGUUUCCUAACUGAAUUAAUCAAGAUUUGCCUAUUCUGCUUUGCAAAGCUUAGUGGCAACUGAUUGAAAUUGCUAACGGAUAGAAAUGUUACAUUUUCAAAGGGAAUAAGGUAAAAAAAA